CUUAAAAGGCUUGUCGAGAAAAGUCUAUAAGCAUUAUAUAUUUAGUUCUGGAUAGUUUAUUUUGUAUUUUUUAAUUUAUUAAAAUGUAUACCGCUAGACUCACCAACACAAGCCUCCUUGAGGAAGCAAUCAAAUGUAUUUAUAAGUACCCUCAGCUGCCGAUUCCACUGAUCGACUAUGGCUUCAUCUACAAUCCUGUUUGCUCGAAGCCACGGGAUGUAAGCCUUCCGCUGAUCCUUGAAGUGGAGCCGAGUGUCAAAUCCAAGGAUAGUGCUGCUGAGAGGCCGAAGAAAGCACCCAGGAUCUCGUAUCAUUCGCGAUCGAGCUCGAUGAGUGACGAGGAGUCGGAACCGGAAGAGGAGACCAAAUACCGCUGGAACUCUCCCCGCCUGAUGAUACUCUGCGAAGAUGGGGAUAUCAACUGCGCCCUGCACUACCUCGUCGAGUCCCUUCACGAUCCCUUUGCCUGCAAUGCGGUGGCCACUCUUCUUUUGCAGGAAUCCUUGCUCGAGGAGUUCGUAGAUCGCUUAAAGGAUCGCCUCGAGCCAUUGGAUUCGCAGAUCUCUUCACAUCCGGUCUAUGUUAAAACACUGGAGAGAUUGGAGCAACUGCAGGCCAGGACCAUUGUGGGCAAUCCCAAGACCGUGCCGGCGAAUGCAACUCCGAUUCUGGUUUUCGACCUUAGCCAGCGUUACUUGGGCGAUGGGCCCACCGGGGCUAUAACGCUUCACACCUUUCGCACCAUGAAGGAUGCCAUCGAGCUGCAGGCCAAGGAGCCCCUAAACUUCACCUCCGUGAGCAUUUGGAACGAAAAGCUGGGAGCCGCCUACGAACUGGUUGCCCGCUUCAGUCCCCUAAUCUUCCUGCUCAACUGUUUCUACGUGGAUUUGAACAACAUUAGCCUGGCGUUCGUAUGCAAUCUCAAUACCGCAAAAAUCGUCGACGGCUACCACUACGAGUCGGUGACCUUUAGGGAAAAGCGAAAGGCCGUCGUCCAUCCCGUCGGCACCAUCUGGGGAAAAUUGGCCCGCGAGGGACUGCCCCACCACUGAUCUCUCCCAUCAGGGGACACACUUGAAGUGAAAACUUUCGAUUGGCAGCUAAUUUAAAUUACUAGUCAUUGAUCGGGCUGCGCUGACUAAUUGACUUUCCGGCUGGGUAGCUCAAUUACCACUUUAAUUGCUCAAACAAGUCUGCCCAUCCCACGAGCUUUGGGUACACUCAACGGGCCUGCUCCCCGGGGAUAAUCAAUGGAAAUUGUGAGUGACUUUGUAUUGUGAAAUUAAAAAUUCUUUCUGCGAAGUAA